AUGAGAACUGUCUUAGAAAGAUAUUAUACACAGUAUUAUAUGUUGGGUGAGGAACAACCAUCAAGUAAAGUCGAAGAAACUGAAGAUCACUACGUAAAUCAACAUACCAAUGGAUUAGCCAUUAUUGGUGUUGCACCAUCCCAUCCAGUACUCAAAAAAGAAAUUAGCAAAAUUGAAUUCCAAGAAAACUCGAUGAAUAGCGAAGUUUCAGGUAUUAAAAAAAGAGGUGGUUUUAAACUUCAAAAAGAAACUAUCAUUUGUAAAAUCUAUUGUUCAGAUAACACUCAAUAUAAUAUCAGAAGUUGCAUUAAAGGAAAACUAUUAGAAAUUAAUAAAAAUCUAACUGAAAAUGAUGAAAAGCAUAAUAACGUUAAUUUUUCAUUAUUAAAAGAUAAUUCAUCAACAUCAGGUUUUAUAGCAAUUGUUGAACCUUUAAUUCAAGCUAAAUUCAUCGAAAAUCCAGGACUUAUUUCAUAUGAUGAUUACCACAAAAUUAGAAAUAUACCAGUUACCAAAGGACCUGUAUUUUUAAAAGAUACUUCUUUAGAAGAUUAA